CUUUAGCGUACAAUAGAAUUGUGUAUUGUGUAUAUUGGUCCAUUUUCAAGGAAGUUUGUUUAUACUCAAAAUCACGUUCUUCAAAUUUACAUACGCAUACUUUUUUUAUAACAAUUAUAUAGAAAAUUCUAAAAAGAUUAAAACACAUGUUUAAAAUGUGCUAUCAAUCGUAUUCACUGAAUGCGUUAAACUUUUCGAUAUAACCUAAAAAUAUAUAAACUUUAAUAAAACGAAGUCUUACUAUUCUUUUUUAUUCAUGUGGUUAUUGUAGAAAUAUUUUAAUUAAUUUAAUGCAUAUUAUUAUUUAUUAAAUGAAGUUGUAUUGAAUAAAUGUAAAUCUCUUCAAAUCAAAGUUUAAAACACACAUACAAAUAUGGCUCGUAAUGCUGAAAAGGCUAUGACCACCCUUGCGAGGUGGAGGGCAGCUCAAAGUAACGAAGGAGCUAGAAAAGAACAAGAAAGAAGACCUUAUUUAGCCUCUGAGUGUCGAGAUUUGAGAAAAGCUGAGAAGUGGAGAAUGCAAAUCAUUAGAGAAAUUGCAAAGAAGGUUGCUCAGAUACAAAAUGCUGGUUUAGGAGAAUUUCGAAUUCGUGAUCUAAAUGAUGAGAUUAAUAAAUUGCUUAGAGAAAAGAGACAUUGGGAAGCACAAAUAAAAGAACUUGGAGGACCAGAUUAUUCUCGUGUAGGACCACGAAUGCUGGAUCAUGAAGGACGAGAGGUACCUGGAAAUCGUGGUUAUAAAUAUUUUGGUGCUGCAAAAGAAUUACCAGGAGUGAGAGAACUCUUUGAACAAGAACCUCCACCACCCCCUCGUAAAACACGUGCAGAAUUAAUGAAAGAUAUAGAUGCCGAUUAUUACGGAUAUAGAGAUGACGACGACGGAAUUUUGUUACCGUUGGAGCAAAAAGCGGAACAUGAAGCAAGAGACAAAACUAUAGAAGAAUGGCUACAGCAGAAGAAUAAAGAAUCAGAUUCAGAAGAAGAAAUAGAAACGACUUCACAAAAACCUAUUCCAUCGCAGCAAGAUAUACAAGAAGCAUUACUUGCAAGAAAAAAGAGAGAACUAUUGGAGAAAUAUGUUCUCUGACUGACACUUUAUUUUUUAUGCUCUUAAUAACAACUAUUCAUAAAUUUAUUUAAUUGUAUCAGAGUACAUUUUUAUAAAACGCGAUAAAUAUAGUUAUUUAUUUGUAAGUAUGUAAUAACAUUGAUCAAGGUAAUUAUUUUGUGCAGUAGACGUUUAAACUUUAAUCGUUACUUAUCGAGAAAAGGGUGCUGUAGAUAAAAUAUAAAUAAAAAUCCGAUGAGAUAGUCUGUUUAUAACGUUCGCGAUCUUCACUUAUAACAGUUUUUGAAAGAAAUCGCGAAUAAGAUGAUACAGUAGUGCGUACCAUCUUGAUCUCAUACUUGCAUAAAAUUCUUUUUUUUUUUUUCAAUUUGGCAUACCUCCCUGUAACAAACGAUUUUUAAAAUAAUGUCGUUUGUUGUAUCUUGACUUCUCUUAUAACGUUCACUGGGCGUAGAACGAAUUCUUUAAAUUCUUUAGAGUAACUUGACGAGGUGAUAUAUAAGGCAAUGUAAUCACGAAAUGGUGCUCUUGCAAUGAGAAAGUCAUAAGGUAUCUUGUCGACUUAUUACGAUUAUUUCAUUUCGAGUUGAAUUACACACAAAUAAAGAAUUUGUUUUUGAAGUGAGAAAAUUCUGGAGUGUAUCAUUGUCUGUAUGUAUGCAAGCACAACUCAAAAACUUGCAUUCAAUAUCGUGUCAUUUAUAAACAGACUGUAACAUAGUAAGUUAUGUACAAUCAUGUUACUGUUAGGACUCAGAAGUCAAUGGCACUAAAAGUACUAAAGUAUAUCAUAUUAUUCUUCGAUUUUUCUAACGUAGACGUGUUUUUCCCGGUCCAAUUAUAAAAAUCAUUAAAUUUAUUUUCGCAAUUUCUUCUUUGACAGGUGAAUUAAAGAACUACUAUUAUCGGUUUUUAAGUGUACUAGAACCAGAAGUGCUAAAGAAAAUCGAAGCUGUAAUAUAGCGUGUACUUAUAUUUACCGACGAGUUAACUUCUGAGCCCUUGUAUAAUCGCUUCGUGCCUAAUACAUAAACGACAAAACAGUUCGAGCAUGGAUUAAUUUUUUUUAAUGGCUAAAAGACUAUAACACUUGUAAGGCUUGAAAAGUCAAGCUCUAAAUGAUUCGUAGCUUAUCCGUUGAUCAGUCUCUCGCCCAUUUUUUUUUUCUUCGCUAUCCAAUUCCAUCUAUUAUUAAACGCGUAGAUAGUAUUGUGACUAGAUCUAUUCGUACUUAUGAAUUACAAUCGCAUAAAUUUCUAUGUCAAUAAUAAGAUCGAUAAUCUACGAUCAUCAUCACAUCUGCAUCAACGGGGUGCGUUUUGCGAUUUAUUGUGCGUCAUUGAAUUGUAAACGUGUCCUCGUCCUAUAUAUUUCUCAUUCAGCAUCGCACAACGUCAAUCCAUUCUCGAACCAUCUCAAGACACAAAUUCGUCGUACUAAUUUGUAUGAAGGAAUCACUGCAUACUAGAAUAUAUAUUGAAAAAGUACCGCGGAGCAAAGAUAAAACUCGGCACACUUGCAGCUCGAAUCAUUUUCGAUUCGUUUCCUUCUCUCUUUCUCUCUCUCUUUUUCUCUCAUUCUCUCUCUCUCUCUCUCUCUCUCUCUCUCUCUUCUUUCUCUCUCUAUCUUUCUCUUUUGCACAAAGAAGCAUACAUGCGCACGAACAGAUACACGCACAUACAUAUACAGGCAUACACACGCGCGUUCGUUCUCUCCUUUCCUUACGCGUUUUCCCUACGUAUCAGGUGUCACAGGUGGGACCACGACUUUUCCUAAAAAGGGUGAAAGGCACAAAGUAAAAGAUAAACGAUCAAGGUUUUGGCUCAGGCACAUAUAUCCGAGUCGGAGAGUUCUCGUGCCACAAACUCGUGACCUCGACGAAGUCGGUGGUACCACCGUGAUGGAUGAAAUAUAUCGAAAACACCCUCGACUCCCUCCGCCGUAUCAAAAAGGGGAAUGUAUAUGUGUAUGUACUUGGUACAUCGAGUAUAGAGUUUACAACUCAGAGUUUUUUUAGCGCUUAUUAUUACGAUAGCAAGCAGCUCUGAUCGUAAUGCAUAUCGACUAUCGACAGAUGAAACGCUUAUUGAUUCGCGCGUGUAUGUAUGGUGUUUGUUCGUUUUCUUUUUCCAGUCGGGCAGUGCACGUUGGACUUGCUUCGUCCGACGAUGCUGCUUGAAAAAAAUGCCUAAAGUCGAGAAAAA